AUGGAUUCGGUUCUCAGUUCCCGACAAUCCGCCUCCCCACAUCACCACGCUCGGGUUGCGGCGGCGGCCGCGCGAUCCGCGCUUUCCAAUCCCGACGCUGCUACCAACGGCGCUAACGGCAACUCGUCGGGCGGGGCUGGUGUGGACCCUAAUGCGAAGCCAUCGGCAUGGACAAUUCUGGAUUUGGGCGGAAUGCAGUUGAAGAAUCUCAGCGCUAGUCUGUUUAACUACACCUUUCUCACGACGUUGUACCUCAACCACAAUGCUCUUGGGUUAUUGUCCCAGGAGGUGGCAAAGUUGACAAGCCUGGUUGUCUUGGAUUUGUCGGGGAAUAGGCUCACGUCCCUGCCUUCCGAGCUGGGAAUGUUGCUCUCCCUCAAGGAGCUGUUACUCCAUGACAACGAGCUUACAUUUCUGCCACCGGAACUUGGGCAACUGUAUCAGCUGGAUAACCUGGGUCUCGAAGGGAAUCCUCUAAAUGAGCCCAUCUCGUCGAUGAUACAAAAGGAGGGGACGUCAGCGGUAGUGACGUAUUUACGCGAGAUGUGUCCAGUUGGCCCACCACCACCGGAUCGAGAAUGGAUCUCACUGGAAGAAGACUAUGCUGGGGAUACCAAGGACACUUUCACGGUGAUGUGUUACAACAUCCUCUGUGAGAAAUACGCAACGCCAGCAAUGUACGCCUACACACCAUCAUGGGCAUUGAAUUGGGAAUAUCGGAGGGAUCUACUGCUACAAGAUAUUCUUAACUACAAUGCAGACAUUGUCUUGCUGCAGGAGAUGCAAAUGGAUCAAUACGAGGACUUCUUCCGGGAUCAGUUGUCGCAAAUCGGUGGUUAUGAAGGCGUGUUCUACCCAAAAUCCCGAGCGCGCACCAUGGCCGAGUACGACAGGCGACAGGUGGAUGGAUGCGCAACAUUCUGGAAGGCGAAUAAGUUUUCGUUGUUGGAAAAGCAUUGCAUCGAGUUCCAGCAAACAGCGAUGCGCAAACCCGAGCUCCGCAAGACGGACGAUGUUUUCAACCGAGUCAUGAUCAAAGACAAUGUGGCAACUGUCGCACUUCUCGAGAACAAGGAAUCCAAGGCGAAGCUUCUCGUCUCCAAUGCCCAUUUGCACUGGGAUCCCGUUUACAAGGACGUCAAGCUGGUGCAGACUGGAAUGCUGAUGGAGGAGAUUGAGACGUUGUGCAAAAGCUGGGGACGAACGCACGGCGGUGCCUCAUCAACGGCAACAAAAGGCGGCAAGUCCCUCAUGUCGUCAUCACCGACCUCUGCCACCAGCCCCACGGCAGACUCAACCCGGUUCCCCGUCCUGAUCUGCGGCGACUUCAACUCCCUCCCCGACUCCGGUGUCUAUGAGUAUCUCUCCGGCGGCCGCGUCGACAAAGAUCACUCGGACUUCUCCCAUUACGUCUACGGCCCGUACACGUCCGAGGGACUCUCCCACCACUUCUCCCUCAAGUCCGCCUACUCGCACCUCAACACCGCGGCCUGCCCCGGUGGCGAGCUGGAGUUUACCAACUUCGCCCCCGGGUUCAAGGGGACUAUCGACUACGUGUUCUACUCCACCAACUCGUUGGAAGUCACGGGCCUGUUGAGUUGCGUUGACAAGGAGUACAUUUCCCGCGUCGUGGGUCUACCAAACGCGCAUCAUCCCUCCGACCAUCUGCCGUUGGUCGUCUCGUUGCGCGCGAAACCGGCGGUGGGUGCAAAUAACGGGAACAGUUCGAGUUCGGUGAAUCAGGCGGCUGUUGCUGCGGCGUUUGCGAAUGCGGGUAACGCUAGCGGGGGCGGGGGUGGGAAGAGAAUACAAUAA